GACAACUGUUCACGCUCAAGAAACCAAAGUGCCAACCAGAUUGACAAGAAACCAAAACGAAAAAACCCAGAUGAGCUAAGUGAUGGAAGGUUGAGGAGGAAAAUGCGCCUCACCGCUGGGGAGAUAUGGGCUAGACAGACACCUGCAAGGAACAUUUGAGCCUCAUUGAUAUGUUCAGCGCAGGCAGCACUAUGACUGAUGGGGACUAUGAUUAUUUGAUCAAGCUCCUGGCUCUGGGGGACUCUGGAGUAGGAAAGACCACCUUCCUCUACCGCUACACAGACAACAAAUUCAACCCCAAAUUCAUCACUACAGUGGGGAUAGACUUCAGGGAAAAAAGAGUGGUCUACACAGCGAACAGCCCUAAUGGGACCACAGGGAAGUCAUUUAAAGUGCAUCUGCAGCUGUGGGACACAGCGGGACAGGAGAGAUUCAGGAGCCUCACCACAGCCUUCUUCAGAGACGCCAUGGGCUUCCUGCUCAUGUUUGACCUCACCAGCCAGCAGAGCUUCCUCAACGUGCGCAACUGGAUGAGUCAGCUGCAGGCCAAUGCGUACUGUGAAAACCCCGACAUCGUGUUAGUGGGCAACAAGGCCGACCUGGCUGACCAGAGAGAGGUGCAGGAGAAACAGGCUAAAGAGCUCGCCGACAAGUAUGGCAUCCCCUACUUUGAGACGAGUGCAGCCACAGGAACGGAUGUGGACAAGGCUGUGGUCACCCUGCUGGACCUGGUCAUGAAGCGCAUGGAGCAGUGUGUGGACAAGCCUGCAGCCGACACGCAGAACGGGGAGGGCACCAGCAAACUGGACGCGGCGCCGGCCAAUGAGAAGAAAUGCGCCUGUUAAAGUGCUGUUAUAUGCCAGGAUUUCUCCCCCCCUCCCCCUCACCCCCCACUCUGCCACAACUGUACCUCUCCUUUAAUACCCCCUCUAGUGGACAGAUGUAGAGUUGCAGCUUGGCCUCCUCCACAGAAAGGUUGCUUGGUGAAAGCUGAUGACGACUGGGUGAAAUGGCUUUGUCCAGUCUGUCUCUCUGUCUCUCUUCAUUCGUCCAGGCUCGCCACAUUAUUUAGGGGUAUGUCUGAGCUUUGUCAUACUGCCUUAGAAACAAAACAUUAAGACUUUGCCCAGAAAUAUAUUUUCUUGUCUCCAUGUUCAGUUCUACAUUACUGGUUACCUAACAGAGGUAUUAUUACUUAAAAGGUAUGAAAAUUGGUGUUAUUUUAAAAUAUCAGUAAGCAUAAAAGCAAAAUAAUAUUUAAGUUUUUUUUUUACUUUUAGAACUAGUUUUUUUCCAUUGAGAUUUUAUUUAAAAGAUUAAUAUAAUUAUUGCAAGAUUACAACAUUUAAUAUAACAUCUUCUGAUUAACGUAUUUUGACAUUUCAAAGCAGCACCAGGUGUUAGAUGAUUAAUAAUUGCAUACGCAGAUUCCAGCUCCUUUAACGUAGAGACGAGGAUGCCUACCAUAGCACAGUAAUCCAGACUUGGGCUGCUGCGGUCAAUAUUCCCCAUACUAAUCUCUAGAGAUGUAGACAGGUGUUUGAUGAAUUUACAUUUAGAAAGAGGAGGGCAACUGUAUGCUCUGGUAACAGAAUAGCUUGUUAUGUUAACAUAACUACUACUGACUACUGUUUUACCAUCAAGGCCACAUUCCCACUGCGCUCUGUCAGUUCUGCAUGAAUGGAAACAUUUGUGCCCUCAUUCAAGCCUAGUCAUUCCUCUGGCAAUGCGUUGGUGUGUAGGCUGUGAAACCCAUAGGACUCAAGCUACCCACAGUGUAUAGAUACCUGUAACCUGUUAUGUGUGUGUGCCAAAAGCAAAACUGCCUCCAGAUCAGUGGUGUCUGCCUUAAAGAGUUCCACCAGGUUUAGCACCGGUAGAGUAGUUUGGGUGCUAAACUGCAUAUGUCACUGGAUCACUCAAAUGUACUCUCUCUUUCUCCAUACUUUCUUUCUCUCUUUCUCUCUCUCUCUCUCUCUCUCUCUCUCUCUCUCUCUCACACACACACACACACACACACACACACACACACACACACACACACACACACACACACCUGUGCUAUCAAACCCUCUCCAUUUCUUGUCUACUGAAUGUGAUCUGUGAGGAUGAUCUUGUUUACCAUAUUUGUUUCAUUUGACCAGUUCUUGUUCCUGUGGUGUAAGGCUGUAAAGAUGAAGUACAAUAUGUUGUGUUUGUACUGUACUGUGGCUGGGUGAAGCAGAACCAAUGUGUAAUCCUCAUACAUCGUCAAGCUUGGCUGAUGAAGACAAUGUUGUGUUGUCUUGUAAAAGGUCCAGAUAGCAACCACACCUCUCCUUUCUGUGGGAAACCAUUCAGGUUGCCGUCUGUGAGGUCUGGGGUGAGCCAUUUCUAAAGUCAAUAAAGACUCUCCUAAUCUCAUAACAACUACAGCUUUCCUUUAUGACUUUUGCUUGAGACUUCCACUGAAAUCUUGUUAUUUGGUUUGCCUCCAUCACUGAGGGAGCAUUUGCAUCCUUUAAUGUAUCACUCUGACAAUGUCAACAGACCCAUUCGUAUAGCAUCUCAAUGUGUCCAUUCUGAUGGUGAAGACAAAGAGAUGUGUAACACAUUUGACAUGUGAAGCCUCUCAGAGGCAGAAGGUUUGUGCCGUUUUACUGGCAAAUCCACACAGUCUCCAAUAAUUAGGCUGCUAGAGCCUGUUUUAUAUUCAUAGGCUUAUUAUGUCAUCUUACACUAAAUUGCUGAAUGCUAUUAGCAUAGAUCAGUGGAACCAAACUGGGCAGAGUGAGGAUUCAUAUCCACAAGGCAGGCUGGAUACAACAUUGUGUUAGUCCUUCUUUUUGAAAGUGAUUUUGGUCAGUCAUUAAAUUAAAAAACACUAGGGUGUGUAAAUCAAAUCUGGCACACUCCUGGGCCACACAGUGGGCCUCUUGCUAUUGUCAGGUAGAGAAAACAACUGCUCCUUUUGUGUAUGACAAAGUGAGAUUGGAGGCUGCAUUGAUAUUGCAGCGAAGAGUGUGUUUAUCUGAAAUAUGACACUGCUCAAUAGAGCCUGUCCUAGAUAGGGCAAGAUGCAAGCGUUCUUUAAAUUACAUCGUGUUAAAUAAUCCCCACCCGAUCCUGGUUGGUUCAAGUCAAGCCUGACAUACUGUAUGUUCACCUCAACACACACACACACACACACACACACACACACACACACACACACAAUACUGUCCACAUAGGGCUUAGGGAGUACUCUUUUGUGUCCCUUAUUGUCUUGUGAAAUGUAAAUUCAAUUGACAUAAUUGAAUUACCCCUUGCCUGAGGAUUAUAUAGGGCAAAAAGGUUGAGAUCACUUUAACAGUGCCAAAAACAGCUAAGCAGAAUGUGCCAUAUGUCUCUUGAGCACAACCCAGAUAAUAAGAACAUAAGGACUCUAGGACUGCAUGUGAAACCUCAGACAUCCACACACCCGACUUUUAGCUCUCUAGAGUCACCCAAUGUGUUUCUCCAAGGCCUUUUCUAUCAUAACACAAUUUAUGCUGACUUUUUUUUUUAUUUGACAAUCUGUGCAUAAGACACCAGGCUUCAGUGUCUCUCUGUAUUUUGAUAGUUUUUAUAUCAUUUGUUUAGUUUUUGCUUUGUUUUUUUCCUUGGCCAGAAAAUGUUUUUGUGCAAUUUAUUUCUUGUAAGUGAACAACUUUGGGAGCCAGCUAGUUUCACUCAGUUAGGACGUGCACUCUCCUAAAGGAGAUGGCCAUCUUUUGAUCUUCUUUUCUAUCCUUGAACAAAACAAAGCCCUAAUGUCUGGCUUGGUCUCUCACUACUCUCUAUGUCCGCUUGUUCCCAAGGCCCCCAUCAAAUGUUUACAUUGUCUGGAGGAUUCUCUUUCUGUGCCUGUAAUGCUCUUGACCAAUGACAUUGUGUCUGAUUGUUUAGGAAGGUUGUGAUCACUUGAGUCUUUUAAUGCAUACAGAACUAUAUUUAAAAUAAAAAUAUAUAAUGGAUAUAUAUCUAUAUAUAUAUAUAUAUUAAAUAUUUAACAAUAUAACAAGCUCAACUGAUUUCUUGUACUUUUGAGAGCAUUUAUUUUUUAGAAUUAGGUGUCCCUAAUGCAUUGAGGAAAAGAGAGCAAGCUCUUGUUCUGCCUUUGGCUUGUGUAUAGUAUCCACACUCCAGACUCCUCUCCAGGGCUGUGUGUUGUAAGCAUGGGCCACCUGAAGAUGACCUCUGAACUGGUCAGUGUUCUGAUGAUGUGAUUGGACUGAUAAUGGUCAUGAUGAUAUGCUAAUCCAUGUUUGUUUACUGUAGUGUAUGCUUUGCAACCCCCAAAAUUGCUAGAACACAGAUUACAUUGCACAUACAGUAUACAAAGACACACAUACAGACACAAAGACAAAGACACACACACACACACACACACACAAACAGAGACAUGGUAAUGUACUUAAUGCUCAUUUGCUUGAUCUUAUUAGCUUGACUGAAUGAUUUCUGUAUAGUGAGAUGUUGUUUGCUUGGACUUCUCUUUUGUUCCACUGUUUAUUGAACAUUUCCAGAUGCUUUGUGGCACACCCAGAAUGAUGUUGGAUGUCUGCUGUUUGCUAGUGAGUUUUGUUCAUUUUAUUUAACUGAUGCCAUCUAGUAAUGCUUUUUUAUCAUCAUCGGGUUAAUAAAGUUUUUAAACCAG